GUGAGAUAUCGGGACAGUUGUAAAGCCUCCCUGGGAUUAAGUGCUGCAACAGAAAAUUCUUCCGUUUAUUUAGAAGCAAACCUGUUACCCUUAAGCAAAAUAUCUAUGCUUAGGGCGCUUGCCCAACAUGAGAGAUUUCCACGACUCCCCGACACUGACGACAUUCGUAGAGCCAUUUAUACACAGCCUGAGCCACCUACGAUGAAUCGCCGCACAGCAACGCUGAUUCCCUUACCAAGAGAGACAGUCCUUAAGGAACUGAAGCGAGUAUGUGAUAUUAUUGGGAUACCUACUGAUCACCCUCGUGAACCUCUUUUAUGUCGUCGCAUUCGUCCAUGGGAAACCGAAUUAUGUCAUUUUAUUCGAUUU